UCUUUUUUCUCCUUUGUUUCUCCGAUAGUAUCUUGAAAUUUUUAAAUGAAAUUUACUAAUUUUGUGUUUGUGGUGUGUGAGUGUGCCCCAGCGUGCAUAAGCGGUCAGAGAACAACUUGGGAAUUAGUUCUCUCUGUCUACCACGUGGGUCUUGGGAUCCAACUCGGGUCUUCAGACUUGGAGACAAGCACCCUCUGGACUGAGCUAUUCUCCAAUGGUGUCUUCGUUCCAUCCAGGAGCUUGGGCCCCUGCCACAGCCCAGCAGAGGCUGUAGAGAUCAACCAUCAGGAAGCCUGGUUCCCAGCCCCGGGGUCCAUCCCUGGCUGUGGGGAGUGGAGGCUCCUACGAGGUAGCAGUGGCCCGAAGUGGUCCCCUCCCCAUAGUGAGCCAUGGGUCAGAAGCUCUCGGGGAGCCUCAAGUCUGUGGAGGUGCGAGAGCCAGCUCUUCGGCCUGCCAAGCGGGAGCUUCGAGGCUCAGAGCCCGGGCGGCCAGCGCGGCUAGACCAGCUGCUGGAUAUGCCUGCGGCAGGGCUGGCUGUGCAGCUGAGACAUGCCUGGAACCCCGAGGACCGCUCGCUUAAUGUCUUCGUCAAGGAUGAUGACCGCCUCACCUUCCACCGCCACCCGGUGGCCCAAAGCACGGAUGGCAUCCGCGGCAAGGUGGGCCAUGCCCGGGGCCUGCACGCAUGGCAGAUCCACUGGCCGGCUAGGCAGCGGGGUACCCAUGCUGUGGUGGGCGUGGCCACGUCCCGUGCCCCUUUGCACUCAGUGGGUUACACUGCACUGGUGGGCAGCGACUCCGAGUCGUGGGGCUGGGACUUGGGCCGCAGCCGCCUCUACCACGAUGGCAAGAACCGACCUGGGGUGGCAUACCCUGCUUUCUUGGGGCCGGAUGAGGCCUUCGCUCUGCCAGAUUCCUUAUUGGUCGUGCUGGACAUGGACGAGGGCACACUCAGCUUCAUCGUGGACGGCCAGUACCUGGGCGUGGCCUUCCGUGGCCUCAAGGGCAAGAAACUGUACCCGGUGGUGAGUGCCGUAUGGGGCCACUGCGAAGUCACCAUGCGCUACAUCAAUGGCCUUGACCGUAAGUGUGCUGGCCUAGGUGGCAAGGGGUGCAGAGGCCUCCUGCCCCAGAAGAGCUGGGGAGCGGCUGAGCCCCUGCAGCUGAUGGACCUGUGUCGGAGAUCCAUCCGCUCAGCCCUGGGCAGACAGCGCCUGCGGGACAUCGACUCCUUGCCCCUGCCUCAGUCGCUCAAAAACUAUCUGCAGUACCAGUGAGCAGGACUGAAGGCCUGCCGUCGUCUGUGGUCACACGGCACCUAGCUCCGGAGCGCCAGGAUUGUGUCACUGACUUGGAAAAGGAAUGCCUGUUGCCACUGUGGCUGCCAGGGCCAAACUGCUGCCAUCAACCAGGACCAGGAAGUCACCUAGUCAACCAGAGUGUAGAGACCAUUUUCCUUCUCAAGAGAAUGAAUAAAACAUUUGGCAGGAGACAGCGUCCUGUUCCCCACUGCAGACAGGCCCGGGAAAAUUGGCUGGUGGAGAGAAAAUAGCUUCUGAAUAAUGAAUGACGGAACUUGAUGGUCCCCUCCCUGCCUGCCCCUGGCCAGUAGGGAGAUCAUCCUUCCGUUUUAAGACUUAGAACCACUUUGAGAGACCAGUCGACGGGGAGCACUUCAGUGCGAAGAACCUGGACUUUCCUCUCUGAGCCGGCUUUCUCAGCCCGUCCGUCCCUCUUCCACCAUGGAUAGAGUCCUUUGGCUGUCCCCGCCCGCCUGUCUCUUCAGGGACAGUAGUCUGAUGACUUCCCCCAGGGACAGAGCUUAUUCUUGGGUAUGAUCGUUUAAAGUUUUGCAUUUUGAAGAGGAGUGUAUUGAAGAUGGCUUUCUCCCAAAGGUGCUAAGGAGGAUGGGAGGCCUCGGGACCCUGAGUCUGAGACACCAUUAGUGUCCGGGACUCUGGCCACCAUAUUCAGGGUGAAGCCUGGCUGUCACAGAGCUUUCUUUGAGCAAAUUAUUUUUUCACUUUAGGAGACCUCCACAGUUUGUUUCUUGUUUCUCAUAUGUGUGUGACAUGCUGUUUAUUUAUCAGGUGGGGCCCGUGGCGUGGCUUUAGGACUGGAAGGGUGGGGGUGACACACAGUCUCUGCAGGCCCUGAGACCUAUCCUCUCACGGAAUGUUGCUGCUGCUGCCUUUGCCUUUCAGCACCACCAUUCAGCGUUUUUGGUGUGUUCCUGAUAGUCUCCACCCAGACUUGUCUUUAACUGGAAAUCGUCACAACGUGAGAUACCAGAGCCAGACAGCGCAGCCUCCACUUGAAUGUGAAUGUGACC